AUGUGUGCAAGACACCGAAUCGCUAUGGUGUCUAUGGAAGAAGAGGAACAGUUGCGUGAUUUAUUCCGUGACAAUACAUCAACACCAGAAACUAACCGAUCCAUUGAUGUUUUAUGCGCAAAUUGUGUUUCACCUCAGGAGCCCAUUGCGUGUCUUCGCUCUGGACUUAUUGCUUUGGCUGGUAUCAUAACAGCAAUGGUGGCUUUAACAAGGAUUAUUCAUCUUCAUGCAACGUCACCAUCACAUCUUCGUCUCCUUUUAUUUUAUAUUUUAUGCGUUCAUUGUAUUGCUGGUUCAUUUGAAUGGCUUUUGGGUUGGACAACACAGUUGUCGCUCUUCAUUAGUUAUGCAAAAGCACUCGAACUUCUUCUUAUAUGUUAUUUCUAUUUGGAUGUAGCAUCUAAAAUGAUGCAUUGGAGCUCAAUAGCUGGUAAAAGACUGUGUUUUUCGGCGCUGUUCCUCAUGUUCACUUAUUUCACCUUAUUUUUGAUUGUUGGCUUUCUUAUUUCGAUAGAACCAUGGAGAGAUUGUCACGCUCCCUAUUGGAUAUGGUUCUCCGCUGGAGAAUUUAUAAUGGUUCAACUUAUGGUUGGCUCAUUCUUCUUGAUUCUACAACGAAUGAGCCGAAUAUCUGCAGCUCCUAAUAUACGCGCAAAUCAGCGGCGUGACUUGUUUAGUCUAUUCUGGACGUUCGAGACAUCCACUUUAGCCGAUCUCGGCUACCAUGUGAGCUUAUUUUGUCUCGCCGACGAUAGAAGAGGUUGCAGUGGAGUAUUUGAUCAUGAUCAAUUACGCUAUUCAUUGUUAAAGUUUCCAUAUGACAUUGUUUCUUUUUUGAUGCCCGUUUGGGCAAUUCUUUACGUGUUUCGGACUACUACGAAACCAAAUGCCUACAACGACGAUUCCACGGAGUCGCUCUAUCCAUCAUACGGUUCGUCAACAUCGUCCAUUGCUGAUGUUGUUGUAGUGAGGAAUUGGCGACGUCGCUAUCGUCCCCUUACCCAACCGUCACAAAACGACCGCCCAAUUUUGUCUGGACGUCGCACACGACCUUCCGUAGGAAGUUGCCCUGGACGCCUUCGGCCGGUGAGUUCCGCACCAACGAUGGUAGCAGGGCGACGCAUGUCGACUUCACGGAGUCUGGUAAGCAGUCCUUUGUAUUCAAUACCGGAAGAACUGGGAAAUCAUGAUCGUGGAGCUUUGGUGGAUUCUAUUGAUAGAUUAUCAAUAACACCAUUACCAGAUGAGUAG